AUGAAUCCCGGUGAAAACAAACCUGCUCCUUUGCAAUUUGAUGAUAACAUCUUUCACGUUGAUCUUCAUCCCAGUAAUGAUAUUGUAGCUACGGGUAUGAUUAACGGCCGCAUUCAAUGUCAUCGUUAUGGUUUAGAAAACCAUGAACAUUUGUGGACUGCGAAGGCCUUCAAAAAAUCGUGCAGAGGUGUAUCCUUUACACCCGAUGGUUCAAACAUUUGGGGUAUUUCCCGUGAUAGAUCUAUUCAACUUCUGGACACGGAAACCGGAGAAGUAAUUCGAGUCAGAGAAACUACCCAUGACUCGCCUAUCAAUUCGCUUUUUGUUAUCGACGAGCGUAUGUUGGCAACUGGUGAUGAUCAAGGCGUUAUCAAGACAUUAUUAGCCGUGGGCGGUGAUGGUUAUCUUUCAACAUGGGAUAUUCGUAAACCCGACGUAGCAGCCAUGUCAGAUCAAAUCGAAGAUGAAUUAUUAUCAAUCGAACUUUGUAAGAAUGGUAAAAAGGCAGUAGUUGGUACACAAGAUGGUGUUUUGAGUUUAUGGUCUUGGGGCGACUGGGGUGAUUAUAAUGAUCGUAUCAUGGGUCACCCUAAUUCUAUUGAAGCCCUCUGCAAGCUGGAUGAAGACACACUUGCUACAGGUAGUAGUGAUGGUAUUAUUCGUUUGGUGACCGUAUUGCCUAAUGAAUUCCAGGGUGUUUUGGGUGAUCACGGCGAAGAUAUGCCCAUUGAAAACUUACGUUUGAGUCAUGAUAAAAAGUACUUAGUAUCCAGUGGUCAUGAUGAUAAAUUACAAUUUUGGGAUGUUGCUCAUCUUUUCGACGAGGAGGCCGAAUUUGUGGAUGAGGACAAGCUGGAAGAAAAAGCUCACGAACAAGAAGUGAAAGAAGAAUCCGUGGUAGAAGAAAAAAAGGAAGAGUCGGAUGAUGGAUGGGGUACCGACUCAGACGACGAAAAAGAUAAGAAGAAGAGAAAGAAGACGCAAAAGAAGAACACAAAAGCUGAGAAGAAGAAGGGUAUUAGAAGUACGGCUUUCUUUGCUGAUAUGUAA